GCAACGGCGGCGGCGGUCGGGGAGCGGCAGCGCAGGGAUGGAGCGCAGGAUCCGCCACUGCCGCUUCCGCGCCCGGGCGAGCCCCACGUCGCCCCCCAGGCACAUGGGCCCCCUCGGAGGGUUGCGUGUCCAAGUGCAGGAGCACCCGAGCCGGCUCGAAGGAGCAGUGAAGAAGAGCAGGUGCAUCUCGGCUCCGGCGGCGGUUGAGAAGGAGGCCCGCGGCGCCAUCAGGAGAGAAAGGGACCAAGAACGGGGCAGCGGGGACCGCCAGAACGACGAGAAGGUCCUGGAGCAAAGUGGUAAUAAACCCUGGAGAACAGCUGCUGUCCAAACAGAGCGACCCAGCGUGACCUUUGAGGCCCGCCCAGUGAAAGUGGAGAAGAGCGAUAUCUCKGCUGGAUCCCUGUGCGAGCUUGGGAACUCUCCUCAGGAGCAGAAUAUCCCGGUSUUGUUUCAGUCCUUACCUUCCAGGUCCCACGUACAGCUCCAAGGCSCUCUGCCCUCGCAGCUGAUGCAUGUGACUCCGGUGCCGGUAAAACAAGUGCCAGUAAAACAAAUGCCACUUCAGUUGCAGCCUCUACUGCAGCGUCCCAAGAUUGAAACGAAAAACAUUCCCCUCACAGUCCUACCCUCGGAUUCAGGGAUGCCAGACACUCCAUUCAGCAAGACCAAAAGUGGCCGUGUGAAGCGCCCGAUGAACGCGUUCAUGGUGUGGGCGCGGAUCCACCGCGCUGCCGUGGCCAAAGCCAACCCGGGUGCCAACAAUGCAGAGAUCAGUGUCCARCUGGGCCUGGAGUGGAGCAAACUCACUGAAGAGCAGAAGCAGCCCUAUUAUGAGGAAGCUAACAAAAUAAAACUGAGGCACAGGGAGGAAUUUCCUGGUUGGGUUUAUCAGCCAAACAAGAAAAAGUGUUCUCCACCGCCUGGUUCUGCUGCAUUUUCAGGCACUUCCCAGAGUACCAUCACUACAAAUCCAGCUGGCACCCUUCCCUUCUCAUCACCUACUUACUCUUUUGUCAACUCCAAYGUUAAGAACGGUAUUGGACGUCCAGUCUGUGAGUCUUCUGCCAUCCGUCUGCCAGCUUCUUCCAUCCAGCACGCUGGRCCCAUGACUCUUUUCCAGACCACGGCUGCAAGCACCACCUCAGUGGCUGUUGCAGUCCCAACCCUGCCCCUGCGCCCUGUGGUUUCAUCACAGCACUUUGCAGAACCUGCUCAGACAGAAGCUUUUGUAUCGUCGUCUGGGCUCAAUUUCUCCCUGAAGAGACCUGCGCCYGUUUUCGCUGAGAGCUUCAGCAGCAGAAACCCAAGCAACACCGGUGGCAGGUUUUCUGUGUCUAACAGUGAGAUUCCAGGGAUUUCUGUUUUUCCUAGAGGCAUAGCUCUUCCCCAGGCUACCCCUUUUAUUCCYUCAUCCGCCUACGUGUCAGCUCCCGUUGGACAACCAGCCAGUCUGUUUGGAGGAACUCCUCAGUUUCCAUUUUGCCACCCUUCCUUUAUACCUGGACCUCGCUGUUUCCCCUCAAGCACAUUCCCACUCAGAGCUCCGUUCAGCUACGGGAAUUUCUCCAGCUCAGUGCCUCAGUGCUUUGGCUUUUACGAAGAGAGGAACCAAAGGCAGGAGGUGAUAUUUUCCACUCUGGAUGAAGACUAUCGUUUCAGGACCUACUCAGACGAGAGGCUGCGUGAGAACCAGCACGUGUGUGAGAGCCCUGGGCUUGUGUCCUGUCAGAGCACCUGCAGCGAGGAGAGAGUUUUGAGCCCCCUGCCACAGCUGGACGUGGAAGUGGUCGAGGAGGUUUUGCCAUCCCCCCCAUCUACUCCUUCCAGCACUUACAUUGUCAAUGUAACUGAUAGUGAUGAGGAAGAAGAAGUAAAGCUUUUUCAAGUAUUGUAAUUUUUAGAACAGAUUUUAUUCCAUAGAGAUAUGAAAUGGGAAAUAAAUGUUUUCCUCA